AUCCCUCCUGACAUUGGAUUUCUGGAAAACUUGACAUCGUUUGAUGUUAGUUACAAUCCAGCCAUACGGUGUUUUCCAGAUGAAAUGGGGAAAUUGUUGAAUAUAUGGGAUCUUCCUUUGGAAGGAUUACAUCUUAAUUUAGAUUUUAAACAUGUGGGAGACAAAGCAAGGGAUAUUAUCCGGUUCCUCCAACAGCGCUUAAAGAAAGCGGUCCCCUACCAUAGAAUGAAGCUCAUGGUUGUUGGAAACGCCGGCAGCGGUAAAACAACCUUGUUGCAACAGCUCAUGAAAUGCAGGCGGCCAGAUGUGGGACCUCAAAAGCCGACCAUCGGAAUCGAUGUGAACGAUUGGAAGAUCCCCCGAAAAGGCAAAAUCAAGAAAGAUACCGUUUUAAAUGUCUGGGAUUUUGCAGGUCAGGAAGAAUUCUAUAGCGCUCAUCCCCACUUUAUGACUCAGAGAGCUCUAUACCUCGCGGUGUACGACCUCAGCAAAGGAGAAUCAGAAGUGGAUGCCAUGAAACCCUGGCUCUUUAAUAUCAAGGUAACAUACUGA